AUGCGGAUCGCUGGUGGAAGAACUGAGAUUCUUCUCGAUGCUCGAAACACGACGGUGACUUGGGAAGUGUUUCUGGAGCAGUUUUAUGAGAAGUACUUCUCGAGAUCUGUCCGCGAUGAAAGAGAAGCAAAGUUUCUGACUUUGAAGCAAAAGGAUGACGAGCCUUUUGAUGAGUACUUGGCUAAGUUCAUCCGUCUCUCUCAUUAUUCAAGCUAUCUCCGAUAUAGAGAUGAUAAGAGGUGGACAACAGAGAAGAUGGUUCGAGGACUGAGGCCAUCAUUGAGGGAGAUGAUUGCUCCCAGACAAUUUGAGCAGUUCAAUAAAGCAGUGGAAGCUUGCCGAAUCACGGAAAGCAGCUUCAACCAUCAUCUGAUAGUCAAGACAACUCCCCGAGCAAAGAAGGGAGGUCAAGGAGGUCAAGGUGGCACCUCGUCCAAUGUGAAUAAGAAGAGGAAGCAACCCUGGAAUAACCGCAAGAACAAGAAAGGCGAGAGUGCCCACAGAACACUGAGCAGGCAAGACCACGCACCCAGGGCCGAGUGUUUGCCAUCACAAGAGAAGAAGCCCGAAAGUCUCCGGAGAUGA